AUGGCACAAUUAAAUUCUAUAACGGAUAAUGUGCAUCGGAUAAUAAAUCGCUAUGCUUUUGAGGAUCCUUUGACCUCUAGAAGGAAAAUCUCCAUUACAGACUAUAAGAAACGAAGAAAUACUCUUCUGGAGAAAAUAAACAACCAUGCUAAGAAUGUUGAAAUGGCAGAAAAGACUCUUGCCCACAUCCUAGCCUGGUUGGAGGAAUGGCAUGGUGUUUUGUCUGACAUAAAUAUUGAAGUUGAUAUCAAUGAGUACUACCACUGGAUAGCAAAAUUGGAGCUUUUACCUGACACAUUUAAGUCUAUUGAGAAGAAUAUCAAUAUGCUGUCUAAAAUGUGUGCAGCUUUGAUUGAUGAGAGGAAAAAACAAAAGAAAAAAACAGUAUUUAGAGGUACCCUAUGGAAAUCUUGGAAAGAAAGAGUAACAAAGCAACCUGCAACAGCCCAUGUUUUAAAACCAGAACAGAUACUUAGUGAUGAAUUUGCAACGAAAACAAAGAUUUCGGAAAUCCAAGAUAUGCUACAAGAACUCAUAGGUACUACAAUGUUCACUAAAUUGGAAACUAAUGCUAUUAAAUAUAUAUCGACAACAAUAUCAAGCCUCUCUAAAGCUUUGACUAUACUAAAUAAUGAAGUAAAAACAGUAAGUUUACAAAAUGACAUUGUGCAAACAGAUGAGAAAGAUGAAAAUCAAAAGGAUCUAAUAAAUAUGCAAAUAAUAAACUCUAUUAGUGAAAAAAAUGAAAUGCUUCAGCAGAAACUUCAAGAUGCAGAAGAAAAAUAUGAAAAACUUUGUCAACAAGUAAUAUCUACAUCAAUCUUAAAAGCAUUACCUGAGAUUCCUCCACCGUUAUCCUUAGCUGUUAGUACUACAGAAAGUUUACAUAAAGAAGUUGAAAGUAUUUCAGAAGCAGACACUCAAAAAGGGACCAAAACUUUGGGGAUGAAGUGGGAAUCAACAUACCAAGAUGAAAUGGCUUCCUACCAUAAAAAAAUCACCCAAGCUAAGUCAUCACAUAAGAUAGAUAGUGAUGAGACUGAUCAAUUACAGAAAAAAACUAAGACUUCUGCAUCAAAACACAGGGAUGAUAAAGAUGAAGAGGCCAAAACUGAUAUCCAAGUUGAGUUACCACUGAUGGAAGAGAAGAAAGAAGAAAUAAAACCUGACUUCUACAUCACAUCCAGAACUCCAGGUAUCUCUUAUGAUGCCUCUACUACUGACUUAAAGAGCUCGGGUUACAAGAGUAGUACAAUGGAUCGACUCAGGAAGAUCAAAUCUUCAUUUUUAGUUGAGAAAAAAGAUAUUCAUCCAGAGCCCAUAGAGGAAGUGACCCCUGAGUUAACACAUGAAGAGGUGACAACUACACAGAUUAGUGAAGCACAGCUAAAGGCAAGCCAAAUGGAGGCUGCCAUUGAGAAAGUGAAAACAAAACACCAGAAACGGGCUAUAAAAAAAGGUACAAGUAAAGAAGAAGCAAUUGGCAAGAAGAUUGUGCCAGUCUCCACCAAAUCUUACAAAGUUCCUAAAACAUCUAGGAUAACGAAAGAGACACCAGAAUAUACCAGAGAUCUAGAAAGUCAACAAGGUGAACACAAACAGAGGAACAUAGAAGAAUUUCAGAAAUCAUUAAUAAAUUACAUAAGAGAUAAAACUAGUAAGGUAGGAAAGCCUUUGGAUAAAACAGCUUGGCCUAUAGAGGAAGAGUCAGAGGAUGAACAUUUUGGAAUUAUAAAGGCAGAAAUGGAUGAAUACUUUCAAAAAGUGGCUGAAACUGUGACAGCUGCUGUGAAAAAAUACAAAGAUAUAAAGAAGACAGAAAAGGCAGAAGACAGGCAAACAGAAGUCCAGAAGUCAAUUAGAGCAAGGUCAAAAAUUAAUACCUUAACUUCAUAUGAGAGCAUGGACCCAACAACUGACCAUUUAAUACAAAAGAUAUUGACUGAAAUAGUUAGUGAAACAGACCUUUCAGGAGUCUCAAUAGGCAAAGACCAGGAAGAGAAAAAAAUUAAAAAAGAGGAAUAUUUACUAAAAGGUCAAGAAAAAAGUGAGAUAAUAAAUCAGAAUUUAGAGAAGAGGAAAGAUUUCCAGAUGGAGAAGGAGAAGCAAACACAGUGGCAGGAAGAAGUGUGGAAACAACAGCAAGAAGAGAGGAUGAAAAUGUGGAGUAAACAAGAUGAGGAACAAAAAGAAAGAGAACAGCUUCUGACAUCAAAGCAACAGCAAGGGGAAGGAAGAAAGCAAAAAAUGGUUCCAUUGGCAAAAUAUAAGGAAGAGCGAGUAUUGCACUCUCCGGGGGAAAUGAAAAUGUCAAGGACAGAUAUUGAUUGGGAGAAAGAAGGGGUAACGAAGGCACCAAAGAGAAAGACAGAAGACAAUGAAAGGGAGCAGCAGAAAAAAUCAAAGGAUGAGAAAGAGAAAAAGACUGAAGAAGUAAUGCUUCAGUUCUCUCCAUCUACAGAAAAAAGUCUACCAAAAGACAUGUCCAGCUCAUACCUAAAAGCACAACUCCGAGGAACCAGGUCAUCAGAGAUCUUUGAUGAUAGAAUACACCCAUCUCCAACCACUUCUAAAACCUCAAUAAAAUUAUCCCCUUCAAGGACCUCUUCUAUUUCUGUUGGAGAGUAUCCAAAGAAGCCUACCACUGUCACUCCUAAGUACGAGAAGGAACAGGGGACCACUCUGUCUCCUAAGCAAACUGAGUCAUCAAAGAAAUUUACACUAGAACAAACAAAGGAAAAACAUAUCUCUCCAACUUCUAAACAGGAACAAAAAUUUGAGAUCCCAACUACCAAAGGAGAAGUCCAAUCAGAGAAGACCAUUCUUACAUCUAAGCAAUUCCAGGAACCAGAGAUUACUUUAACCCUCCAGCAAGCUGAGUCACUGGGGAUCAACCUCACUACUGAACAGAUCCAGGCCAGAGGGGCCACUCUGCAAAAAGUGAAUGCACUGAAGGUCGGACUCACCCCUGACCAGAGCGAAGAACUAGGGAUAAAAUUCAGGCCUCAGAAGGUUCAGCUACCAGGGAUAGGUAUCACUCCUGAGGAGGCUCAGUUACCAGGCAUAACUGUCACCAAAGAACAGGUACCAGUACAGUCACAGAUCACUCUCACAGCCCAGGAGAUUGAGGCAAUGGGGGUCACCCUCACCCCUGAACAGGUACAGGAAGAAGGGGUCACUCUCACUCUGGAAAAGGCACAGGCACUGGGGGUCCCACUCACCCCAGUGCAAAUGCAAGCUCUGGAGGUCACCCUCAGACCAGAGCAGACAAAGGUAACAGGGAUCACUAUCUCCCCUGAGCAAAUUUCUAGAACUGGGAUCUCCAUCAGUCCUAAACAGUCUCAGAUAAAAGAGAUCACUGUCACCCCAAAACAGACUGAAGAACCAGGUAUCACUAUCACUCCAGAGCAAGUGCAUGUACCUGGGAUCAGUGCCAUCCCUAAACAGGCCCUGGUACAAACAGGUGGGGUCACCCUCUCCCCUCAGGAGGCUCAGGCACUGGGAAUCACACUCACCUCUGAGCAGAUACAGGCAGGAGGGGUCACUCUCACUCUGCAACAGGCAUUGGCACUGGGGGUCCCACUCACCCCAGAGCAAAUACAAGCCCUGGAAGACACACUCAGACCAGAGCAGACAAAGGUAACAGGAAUCACUAUCUCCCCUGAGCAAAUUUCUAGAACUGGGAUCUCCAUCAGUCCUAAACAGUCUCAAAUAAAAGGGAUCACUGUCACCCCAAAACAGACUGAAGAACUAGGUGUCACUAUCACUUCAGAGCAGGUACAUGUACCUGGGAUCAGUGCCACCCCUAAGCAGGCCCUGAUACAAACAGGUGGGGUCACCAUCUCCCCUCAGGAGGCCCAAGCACUGACGCUGGGGAUCCCACUCACCCCUGACCAGAGGCAAACCCUAGAGGUCACCCACAGACUAGAGCCGACCAAGAUACCAGGGAUCACUGUCUCCCCUGAGCAAAUUCCUAUAGAUGGGAUCACCAGCAGUCCUAAACAGUCUCAGAUACCAGGGAUCACUCUCACCCCUGAGAAGGUAGAGGUACCUGAGAUUACUGUGACUCCUAUGCAAGCCCUGAUAAAGACAGAGGGGGUCACCCUCUCCCCUCAGGAGGCCCAGGCACUGGGGAUCACACUCACCCCCGAGCAGACACAGGCAGGCAGGGUCACUCUCACUCUGCAACAGGCAAUGGCACUGGGGGUCCCACUCACCCCUGACCAGAUGCAAGCCCUGGAGGUCAGCCUCAGAGCAGAGAAGGCCAGAAUACCAGGGGUCACUACCACCUCUAAGGAAACUCCUACAGGCAGGAUCAUCAGCAGUCCUAAACAGUCUCAAAUACUAGGGAUCCAUGUCACCCCAAAACAGACUGAAGAACCAGAGAUCACUCCUGAUCAGUUGCAGGUACCUGGGAUUACUAAGCAGGCUCGGGUACAGGCAGGCAGGGUCUCUCUCACCCCUCAGGAGGCUCAGGCCCUGGAAACCACACUCAGCACUGAACAGGUACAGGCAGGAGGGGUCACUCUCACUCUACAACAGGCUCUGGCACAGGGAGUCCCACUCAACCCUGACCAGAUGAAAGCCCUGGAGGUAACCCUCAGAGCAGAGCAGACGAAGGUGCCAGGGAUAACUAUCACUCCUGAACAAACUUCAAUAGCUGGGAUGACGGCCAGUCCUAAACAGUCUCAGAUAACAGGGAUUUCUGUUACUCAAAAGCAGAUUGAAGAACCAGGCAUCACUGUGGCCAAUAAGCAGGCCCUGGAACAGAGGGGAGGUGUCACCCUCUCCCCUCAGGAGGCCCAGGCCAUUGGGAUAUCGCUUACCCCUGAGCAGGUUCAGGCAGGAGGGGUCACUCUCACUCUGCAACAGGCACUGGCACUGGGGGUCCCACUCACCUCUGACCAGAGACAAGCACUGGAGGUCACCCACAGACUAGAGCCAACCAAGAUACCAGGGAUCACUAUUUCCCCUGAGCAGACUCCUAGAGGUGGGAUCACCAUCAGCCCUAAACAGUCUCAGAUAACAGGGGUCACUGUCACCCCAGAACAGACUGAAGAACCAGUGCUCACUGUCACCUCUGAGCAGAUGCAGAUACCUGGGAUCAUUUCCACAUCUAAGCAGGCCCUGUUACAGACAGGGGUGAUCACACUCUCCCCUCAGGAGGCCCAGGGCCUGGGGAUCACACUCACCCCUGAGCAGGUACAGGCAGGAGGGGUCACUCUCACUCUGCAACAGGCAAUGGCUCUGGGGGUCCCACUCACCCAGGACCAGAUGCAAGCCCUAGAGACAGGGGUGAUCACACUCUCCCCUCAGGAGGCCCAGGCCCUGGGGAUCACACUCACCCCUGAGCAGACUGAAAAACCAGGUAUCACUAUCAUUCCAGAGCAGGUACAGGAACCUGGAAUCACUGCCACCCCUAAGCAGGCCCAGGUAGAGAAAGCCAGGGUCACUCUCACCCCUCAGGAGGCCCAGGCACUGGGAAUCACACUUACCCCAGAGCAGGCCCAGGCCCUGGGGAUCACACUCACCCCUGAGCAGGCCCAGGCCCUGGGGAUCACACUCACCCCUGAGCAGGCUCAAGCAUUAGGGAUCAACCUCACCCCAGAGCAAGUCCAAGCAGGAGGAGUCACUCUCACUCUGCAACAAGCUCAGGCCCUGGGGAUCACUCCCACCCCUCAGGGGGCACAGGAUCUGGGGAUCACCCUCACCCCCCAACAGGAACAGGUCCUGGGGAUCACUCUCACCCCCCAACAGGAACAGGCCCUGGGGGUCACUCCCACCCCUCAGAGGGCACAGGAUCUGGGGGUCAUCCUUACCCCCCAACAAAAACAGGAUGUGGGGGUCACCCUUAGCCCUCAACAGGAAAAGGCCCUAGGGGUCACUCUCACCCCCCAACAGGAACAGGCACUGGGGAUCACUCCCACGCCUCAGAGGGCACAGGAAUGGGGAAUCACUAUUAGUCCUCAACAGGAACAGGCCCUGGGGAUCACUCCUAUACCUCAGAGGACACAGGAUCUGGGGGUCACCCUCACCCCCCAACAGGAACAGGCCAUGGGAAUCUCUCCCACCACUCAGAGGGCACAGGAUCUGGGAGUCAUCCUCACCCCCCAACAAAAACAGACUCUGGGGGUCACCCUUAGCCCUCAACAGGAACAGACCCUGGGAAUCACACCCACACCUCAGAAGGCACAGGAUCUGGGGAUCACUCCCACCCCUCAGAAGGCACAGGAUCUGGGGGUCACCCUUAGCCCUCAAGAGGAACAGACCCUGGGGUUCACUCCCACCCCUCAGAGAGCACAGGACCUGGGGAUCACUCCCACCCCUCAAAGGGCACAGGAUCUGGGGGUCACCCUUAGUCCUCAACAGAAACAGGCAUUGGGGAUCACUCCCAUUCCUCAAAGGGCAGAAGAUCUGGGGGUCACUCUCACCCCCCAACAGGAACAGGCACUGGGGAUUGCUCCCACUCCUCAGAGGGCAGAAGGGCUGGGGGUCACUUUCACCCCCCAACAGGAACAGGUCCUGGGGUUCACUCCCAUCCCUCAACAGGCACAAGAUCUGGGAGUUACUCUCACCCCCCAACAGGAACAGGCCCUGGGGAUCACCCUCACCCCUCAGAGGGCACAGGAUCUGGGGAUCACCCUCACCCCCCAACAGGAACAGGCCCUGGGGUUCACUCCCACCCCUCAGAGAGCACAGGAUCUGGGGGUCACCCUCACCCCUCAGCAGGCACAGGCUCUGGGAGUUACUCUCACCCCCCAACAGGAACAGGCCCUGGGGAUCACUCUCACCCCUCAGAGGGCACAGGAUCUGGGGGUCACCCUCACCCCCCAACAGAAACAGGCCCUGGGGUUCACUCUCACCCCUCAGAGAGCACAGGAUCUGGGGGUCACCCUCACCCCCCAACAGGAACUGGCCCUGGGGAUCACUCCCACCCGUCAGAGGACACACGAACUGGAGGUCACCCUCACCCCUCAACAGGAACAGGCACUGGAUCUUUCUUUUGCUUCCAAACAGCAGACACAGGAACCAGUGUUCUCCUCCUCUCCUGAGAAAGUCCAGAGUCUCACACUUACCCAUGAACAAGGCCAGGCAAUGGGAAUCUCCCUCACACCUGAGCAGGCACAAGUAUUGGGGAUCCAUCCUAUCUUUGACCAGUCUCCAGCUUUAAAGGCCCCUCUGACUUCAGAACAGGUCAGGAAAUUGGCAGUUCCUCUUACUCCAGGAAUAGUUCAAGAUGUAUCAAAGACAGUUACUCUUAAACAGAUCCAAGGUUUGUGGGAUACUCCAUCCCAUGAACAAACACAAGCAUUUGGCACUCCUGACCCUCUAGAUAAAGCCCAGGCAUUGGGGGUUCCUAUUUUCCUAGAAAGUGCUCAUGAAUCAGUUGUCACUCCCAGCCCUGAAGAUAAACAGGUUGUGGAUCUCUCUCUUGUCUCACACCAGGCCCAUGACUUAGAAUCUUCCCUUAGAUCUAAGAAAAUCCCAUCUUUGAAAAGCCCUUACACCUCAAAAAAGGGCUUUAUAAGAGGUACUACUAUCACACUUGAGCAGGACCUGAAGCCAAGAGCUCUACCCCUUAGUGAGCAGCCCUCCCAUUGCAGGGUUCCUCCCACUCUUCAUGAAAUCAGAGGCUACUACGUCCCUUCAGGCAAAGGUUCUCCAGUUCCUCAGUCUCUUACAUCUGAAGCCCCACUCACCUCUGCACAGAUUUCGGCUCCUAGGGGUCCUCUCUCCCCUCUGCAAACCCUUGAAUCCUGGGCCUCUACCCUUCCUGGGAAGCUCCUAGAAUCUGGACUUUUAACCUCCUCUAAGGAGGAGGAGAAACCUCCAUCAUUCUCUACAUCGGUAACACCACCACCUCUUACUACUCAACUAUCUAAAGCAUCUCACAUCUCACCUUCUGAAUUGACCUCAAAACCUCAAUUCUCCAUAUUAAACAAACACUUGUUACUGAUGUCUGUCUCAAGCAUCAAGCAACCUAAGAUGACAAUAUCCUCAUCCUUUCCUCAAGAGCUCGAAGGACAGAAAUUCUUCAUUGAUGUGGAAGCUCAAAAGAAGACUAUACUCUUAAAUCAGGCCUCAAAAGCUGCUGUACUCCCUUCACAUAUAUACACAAUAGCUAGGAAUCUUAUAAUUGAAGCACUUCAUACAAACAGUGUUCAGUUGGGAUAUCUGUUCCGCAAAUACAUUGCCUAUAGACUGAUACAGCAUGCAAGAAACAAUAUCAUCAAAAGAAUGAAAGCCAUCCGAAAUACUGGGAAAGGUUAUGAGAUUAGGGAUCUCAGUGUAAUGCUGAGCAGAAUUGAUGACUACCUAAAAAAAGUGAUGCAGGUCUGGACCAAGAAGCAAAUCUUAGAGCAAAAAAAGGAUCUGUGCCUAAGAGAAAUGGUACACACAUUUAAUCAGCUCCGAGAGAUAUAUGGAUUGAAUCUUAGUCUACCCAUUCCCUUGAUCAUCAUCAAAAAGCAGACACCUGUGACCAAAGCACCUAGCAAACUUGCCCAAAAACAAUUCCCAGAAGAACUUAUGAAAGAGGUUAGACAAUACGAUACACUCAAGGGAUUUAGGCAACAAGAAGACCAGAUGGAAGCCAUUUGGAAUGCUGAUCUUUCCACAUCAAGCUACCCAAUAACAGAGAAAACAUCAUUAAAUUUACUCUGGGCCCAACUGGGAGGGUACCCAGAUACUCCUAUGCUGCUACAGUUAGAUAUUCAAUCUACUUUCAGAAAAUCUCUUUCAUCUAUUCAGUCACGGUAA